AUCAUUCUUGCCCACUUCUAACGACUCUCCCCUGUCUCUCCCAGCAUCUUCUUGACGAAACAAUUCACAUCCUCCUGCUUAUAUUCUCUCAGAUAUUCCUUGUGUCCUAUCUGUCUUGGUCAAUCUACAUUCUUUGUUGCGUUUCGCCUUUGUCGCCCCUGUCGUACACAACUCCUUCGUGCCCGCGCGUCCCUCACCUGAUGACCGCUCUCUUUUAAGCCUACCUACUUGAUAACGACAUUAAUGGAUAACGCAAAUUUGUGGACCCGGAGAUCGAACGCCUCCAAACUGUCUCUCUCUACCGGGGGCUCUGACGGUAAAGAGGGCGCCACGCGCGGUCAUACGUCGAAGCGCUUCGGUCAAGAUAGCUCUCACAACAGAUCGAAUCCAUUCAACGCAUUAUCCCCGCUGUCAGGCGGCGUGUCCUCCCCAUCAACCAACGCCUCGUCCGCAUUCGGCUUGGGUUCUGGUGCGUUUGCGUCCUUCAGUACUCCAAAAACCCCCGGUGGCACGUCCGAUCCAGCGCCGUCGAAGGCCUCUAACGAGAAACGAGACCGUCAAACGGAGCAGGACACUUUGUCAACCGAUAACGGGAAGGAGAAGAGCUCGACAACAUCGUCCAGGGAACAUCCAUUGAAGUCUACGUGGGUCAUCUGGUAUCGCCCACCUACACCCAAAUAUUCUGAUUACGAAAAAUCGACUGUCGCGUUAGCCACGAUAUCGUCUGUGGAAAGUUUCUGGAACGUGUAUUCUCAUCUCAAGAGGCCUUCCCUCCUCCCGACUGUCUCGGAUUACCAUAUCUUCAAGAAAGGUAUUCGUCCUGUAUGGGAAGAUGAAGAGAAUAAGAAAGGUGGGAAGUGGGUGGUCAGGUUGAAGAAAGGGGUGGCAGACCGAUACUGGGAGGAUCUCCUUCUCGCCAUUGUGGGUGACCAGUUCGCUGAAGCUGGUGAUGAAGUUUGUGGUGCCGUUCUUAGCGUGCGGAGUGGAGAGGAUGUGUUGAGUGUCUGGACGAAGAUUGACGGGGGGCGCAACAUCAAGAUCCGGGAAACGAUCAAACGGAUGCUUGCCUUCCCGGCAGAUACCAACAUCGUCUGGAAAAGCCACGACGAUAGCAUUGCUCAACGCUCGGCGAUUGAUGAAGCUCGUCAAGCAAAAGCAGCUCACCACCACCAUCACCACCACCUGGGACCAGAUCGACGAAGAAAUACGACCAAUGAUGAUAAUGCGGCGGAUAAAGGGAAGGUGAUGACGUCCUAA